AUGAUGUCCGAAGUGUCAUUCAAUUCGACCUUGGACGUGGCAACGCCUCUGGUUAAAUCGAGACGGAUCAGUAUCCUACCUGUCAGCCAUGCGGAUCUCUCAUCACCAACAACAGCGCGGAAACAGCUGCAACUGCUCGAACUGGACAACGUAGCGCUCUCCAACGAGUUGACCGAGCGCGAGGAGCAGGUGUCGGCGCUUGAAGCCGAGCUCGAAGUGCUGCGUUCCAAGGUGGCCUCUUCAUCCUCUGCAUCCUCUUCCACCGCUAUCACUGUGCUGUCGAGCUCAACAUCCACCGACUCGAUCAGCGGAGAGCGCUCGAGCGCAGAGGUCAAAGCAGCAAAACGCCUCGUGCACCGACUCAUCGCUUCCAUCACAACGUACGAUUCCGAGGCAGCAGACCAAGACAAGCUCUUCAACCUGGACCAGAGCAUGGUCCACGAUCCAGAACGUUCCAUCGUCGCGCCGUCUUCCACCCACCUUUCCACCCCGAACGGAAAAAAUACAGUAGCGAGGCGCUUCGAGGGCGAUCUGCUGGAUGACGUCGAAACGCUCGGAGGAGUGUUGAAGGAGUACGCGCGCAAGACUGCAUUUGCUGCCGACGAGCAGUCGCUUGCGUUGCAAAGUGCCGCUUUUCGCAACGACGCGCUCUCCACACGAGUCAAACAGCUUGAGGCGGAGCUGGCGCAGGCACGCGCUGCGGAGGAGGAGGAGGAUAGGGAGAAGGCGGUAGACGAGCUCCGAGCUCAACUGUCUGCAGCACAGCAACGAGGCUCUCAGUUGGAGCUGCACCUGGACACUUCGCAGUCGCAGCUCUCUGCUGUGCAGGCGGAACUCCAGCAAACAGUCGCGAGGUUGGAUCAGAUCACGGCAGAGCAAGAACUCACCAUUUCUGCUGCGGCCAAGAAGUCGGCUGCGCAGAUCGAGGCGCUUCGUUUGCAGCUCGCGGAACAGCAGCAGCAGUCACAACCCGAGGAAGCCGACACCAGCUCUUGCGCGACCCGUAGUGCUGCCGAACCUACCUCUACCGCGUUCGAACCAUCGGCGCGAACCAUCGACCUCGAAGCCCAGCUAGACGCACUCAAACACGAGCGCGACACGGCAGCCCAAGAAUCGCAAUCCAGAAUCAGCGCACUCGAAGAGCAGCUCGAGCAACGCCGAUCCAAAGCAUCCGAUCUCCACUCGAUCUUCCAAGAACUGCAAGAAAAGAAGGAGCGACUGCACUCGAUCCAGAUGCACACCACGCACAUCCGAUCGCUCGAAAAAGUGCUCCUCCAACAACAGCGGAUUGUGGAUCUUUUGGAUCGAUCCUCUUCCACUCAAGACGGCGCCGAAUGGAUGGUGUAUGCUCAUCAGCUGAGUGCAUCGCUUGCCCAGCUGAAAGCCGAUGCUGUCAUCAGCAAGGGGGAGCGUGUCGAGGCAGCGGUCGCGACCGAGGAGGUCGACGUGACCAAACCUUUGGACAACGAGCUGGUUGCAGGAUUGAAGGAGAAGAUUGACGAGUUGGAGGGUCGAGUCUUGCGUCGCAACGAGCAGAUCGGCUCGCUGCAGCGACAGCUUCACAACGUCGAGAAUGAUCUCGCUCGAACAAGGACCAAUCAGAUGUUGGCUGAGGAGACAGUGGUAGAGUUGGAUGCUGAAAAGUCGGAGCUGCAUGCAGAGGUCAAGAUGCUCGAGGAGCGAAUCCAGCAGCUCGAACAGGUUGACGCUGCCACUCUGCGCGAGGAGCGAGUCGAGACAGCAAGCCAGACAGCGCUCGACAGACCGACUACACCGCAGCCGCAGACCGAAGCUGAACUUGCAUCGGCACAGCAGCGUAUCGCCGACCUUACUGAAGAAGUCGAACGUCUCUCCGCCGAGCAGACCACCUCUCAAAGCGAGCGUGAAACCAUACAGGAAACCAUCACCGCGCUCACCGAGCAAGUGCAGCACCUCGAAUCCGCCCUCGCCGCUGCUCAAGGCUCCGCCACAACCGCUGAACAGCAGCACGAAGACGAACUGUCCACACUCAAAACCACCCUGCGCAAAACGGACGAACGUCUGUCCGCAACGCGUCUCGAGCUCGACGCAGUGCAGCUGUCGUUGGCUGAAGCGCGCGAAUCCGCCUCGGCUGACACAGACCGUAUCGAGGAGCUCACGGCGCAGCUGUCUGGCCUGCAGAAGCAGCACGACGCGCUCAUCGCGGCGUCCACGGCUGAUACGCAGGCGGUUGAGGAAUCACGCGGAGUGGUUGCAGAGCUGACAUCGAAGAUCGCCGCGUUGGAAAACGAAGCGCUGUCGACACGAGAGGAGUACACUUGUCAGCGUGCGGCGCUGGAAAGCUCGCUGCAAGAGGCGCAGGAGAAGCUGGCCGAGCUGCAGCAGGUGCUCGAGGAGCGUGACGAGGCGAUCCAAGCGCGCAACACCGAGUACUGGACGCUGAAGGAGGAGCUUGCGGAGCUGCAGGAGGAGGCGGAACGCAGCUCACACAGCGUAGACGCUUCAGCACUGCAGGAGGUAAAGGCGCAGCUCGCCGCGUCGGUGUCCGAAAAGUCGAUGUUGGAGGAGAGGCUGGCCGCCCAGGAAUCGGCAUUGAUGAAGCUGAAAGCGGACCUGACGGCGGCUCGAUCGACCGAGGAUCUGCUGAACCAGCAGUAUUCCUCCUCGCAACGAAGGGUCAAAGACCUCGAGUCGACGAUUGCGCAGCUCGAGGCAUCCACCACCCCUGGGGCCGAGCAGGUCGACGCUGCGGAGGUGGAACAGUUGAAAGCGCAACUCUCGCAAUCCCAGUCGGAAGUGGAAUACCUCGGCAGCCGAAUCGAUGAGCUCGAGACCGAGCUCGGACGCAAAGCGGAAGAAAUCGAAGAGGCCGACAGCAAGAUCCUCGACGCACUCAAGGAGUCCAAGAAGUACGCCACGCGUUACACGAAGCUCAGUGCCAAGUACGAGGCGCUGCAGCGCGAGAGCGAUGUGCAGGCGCAACAGGUGACCGCGGCGAAGGCUGACUUGGAGAAGGAGCGCGAGAGGGUGAAGGGUCUGAUGCGCGCUAAGCAAGAGGGUGAGACGACGAGGAGUGGUGGUGGCAGUGGCAGUGGUGGGUUGGCGGGGAGGAAGAGGGCUAAGCCUGAUUCUGAAGAGGAGGUGCGGGCAGCAGAGGCAGAGGCAGAGUUGGCGACGACUCCGCGUGCAGGUGCGCGUGCAGCGGUGAAGGCGGUCUACGCUCCUUCUCCGUCCGCUGCCGCCGCCCGCACGCCCAGCUCGUUUACACCCGUUCGGCGGUCUGCCAAGCCUUCUUCCUCCUCCCGAGCGACAAAACCCGCUCCAAGCAACGCGACACCCGUCGUUCUUGGACUCGGCACACCCACCACCACCGCUGCAGCGGACGCAGAGCCCGGGAUGGUGCGCAGCACAUCCAACCCCUCGGCACUGAUCGCCACACGCCUGCUGCACUCGUCCACCUCGACCUCGGCCUCGCCUGCCAAACCCACGCUUUUGAGCGAUAAGACCAACCUCGUCGCGUCGUCAGCGGGAACAUCGCGGCUGAGCUCCAAGCUCACCACCGCCGGCUCUGCCACCGCUGGCGAGGGCAAAGCGAAUCGUGCGGUGACGUCGUUACUGCCGCAGGAGGGUGGUGCGGGUGGGGAAACAGUGGCAGCGAGGAAGAGGGCCGAGGAGAGGAAGGUUCUCGGUUCGUCGGCAGCAGCAGCGGGGACACCGGGUGCGGGAGGCGCAGCCGACUUUCUGGCGAGGAUGAAGGCUCAGCGCGCUGCUACUGCCGCUAGUCAGCGUGCGUGA